AUGUCAAACUUUGGAUCGGCGGCCAAGCUUAGGCGGCGCCUCAGUUUUGAAGCCUAUCCCUCCAACAACAAGGCCGUCGAUAUCUUCGCCGAGCUCAUGGAUACCUUGGUUGGCGUCGGAGUCAAGGCUGCCGACGCAGACGAGAUGGAAAUUGACGUGGAAGUUGAGAUUUAUAUGGGAAUGGUGAUGGAGAUUGAUAUGAACAUGGAGAUGGUGAUGCGGAUGGACGAGAAAAUGGAGGAUAUGCUGGUCAAGGCGGAGGACGAGGACGAGGACAUGGCGGAGGAUGAAGAAGAGGACGAGGAUAUGGUCGCGGGUGCGACUAUCGACGAGGAUGAGGACAUGGAUGAGGGUGAUGAUAUGCACGAGGGCGAGAUCAUGGAUGAGGUAUAG